AUGGCCAGCAUCGGCAGGAAGAUCUACAACGUGCUCGCGCCGAGCGCCGACAAGGGCGACGACGGGCGCGACGUCUGGGGCUCGCGGACGUCCUUCAUCUUCGCGGCCAUGGGCGGCGCCGUCGGGCUGGGUAACCUGCUCCGGUUCCCGUCCAUCGUCUUCAACAACCACGGCCUGCAGUUCUUCAUCCCGUACCUCAUCUCGCUCGCGUGCCUCGCGAUCCCGACGCUGCUGCUCGAGAUCAGCAUCGGCCAGGCCUACCGCAGCGGCUGCGUGCUGGCGUGGCACCACGCGCACAAGCGCGCCAAGGGCGUCGGGUUCGGCGUCGUCUACAUCGGCUACGCCAUCGUCAUCUACUACGUGCCCAUCAUCGCCUGGAUCAUGACGUACUUCCGGCACUCCUUCGUCAGCCCGCUGCCGUGGACCGGCCGCAACGAGGAGUUCUUUUACGGGACGGUCCUGCAGGAUGUCCCCGGCGUCCAGGGUAACCUGACGGCCGACGGGAGCGCCGUUCAGGACUACACCUAUUAUCCCGGGAUGGGCAUGGUCACGGAGACGACGUUGUGGAAUCUAUUCACCUGGUUCGUUGUCUGGCUGUGCAUGUUCAAAGGCAUCGGUCUCACGGGCCGUGUGGUCUACUUCACGAUGGCCAUGCCUCUGAUCCUCAUGAUCGUCCUCAUCGGCCGCGGAUGCUCGCUCCCCAACGCCAUCGACGGCAUACGCAUCUACUGGACGGAGUGGCAUGGCGACAAGCUCGCCUCGGGCACCAUAUGGCAGGAAGCCUGUGGCCAAGUCUUCUUCAGUACGGGUAUCGGCAUGGGAUACUACACCAGCUACGCGUCGUACAACUCCAAGUACUCCAACGCCGUGCAGGACGCCCUCAUCAUCUGCAUCUCCAACUCGCUCAUCGAGAUCAUCGGCUCCAUGUCCGUCUUCGGCGUCGUCGGCUACCUCGGCAUGCACCCGGACACGAGCGAGCGGCUCAACACCUUCGUCGUCGGCUUCCUGACGUACCCGGAGGCCAUCUCGGAGAUGCCGGGCGCCAACUUCUGGGGCGUGCUCUUCUUCGCGACGCUCUUCAUCCUCGGCCUCGGCUCGGCCUUUGCGCUGCUCGAGACGCUCGUCACCAUGGUCUGCGACACGGACUGGGGGAAGCGGUACUCGCGCCCCUUGGUGUCGACCGUCAUCGUCAUCGCCUCGUUCCUCAUCUCGCUGCCCUUCUGCACCGAGUUCGGGUACACGCUCGUCGACGCCGCCGACACGUGGAUCAACUACCUCGCCCUGUUCUGGAUCGUCUGGUGCGAGGCCGUCUGCGCCACGACGCUCUACCGGUACCGCGAUGUCGUCGACCAGUGCGGGCUUUUGUCGUGGUGUUUGUAUAACCUGUUCGGCUACGUUGGCGGCAUGUUCGUGGGUCUCGUCGUUGCGCAUGCCGUCUCGGCCGAGGCCGGCGCCGGUGUCGGCUUCGGCAUGUUCAUCAUCGGGACGUUGUCUUCGGUGCUGCUGGCCUCUGACCCGACGGCCUACUGCCCCAACUUUUUCUGCAAGAACUCCAUCAUGAGGCGGUUCUGGUAUCUGAGUUCCUACUCGGGCAACCAACUACGCCGCGAUCUCAACGCCACGAUCUGCGUCGGCGGGCAGUGGAGGAUCCCGUCCAUCUGGCCCUUCGUCCUCAAGUACAACACGGCACCUAUCGUGGGCAUCAUCUUCUCCUUCGCGUACCCCAACUUUUACGCCGAGAAGCGCUGGGACCCGCUGCAAAUCGCCGGCUUCGCCUUCAUGCACAUCGUGCUCGUCAGCUCGCUCGUCGGGCUCGUCAUGCCGCGCUGGUUCAACGUGCUGGUGCCCGAGCACAAGCGGGCCGAGGGCGACUAUCCCAUCUUGCCGGGUACCAUCUUUUCGCGGGCAAACGCGGCGGGCACGUUGGACAUUGACGGGGUGCCGCAGGACGCCGAGGGGGCGGCUGCCAUCGACGCGCGCGGGCCGAGCGGCGAGACGUGGACGCAGGAGAGGAACUCGUCGCGGGAAAGGAACUCGUCGCAGGAAAAGGUUGCCGACAAGCGGCGUCAGGACGUCGUGAUGUGA